CAACAAUCCUGCUCUACAAACAAACCAAAAAUAACAAGAGGACUAGAUUAUCAAGGUCUAUCUUCUACCAGAUACAAUAGUGUUACUGAGGCAGCAAACUCUGCUCAACCACAUGACCCACGCCUCAGAGGUGUGAAUUGGAAGGUGAGAAAACGACUGGACCAAACAAAGGACAUUCCUCAACCAACGCCCACACAGGUGCGAACGGCCCAUUUCAUCAUGAGUGCACAACCCCAAUGUGUGGAGGCCAUUCCUCUACACUACCCAAAAGAGGUUACGAACGAUACAGCAAGGAAAGUCUACAAAAACAAAAGACUCACAGAAAACUCAGAGACUUUAUUCGCAGACCUUCAUAAAGAUGGUAGCACCAGUAACCUGAUCUUCUACACCAACCGACCUCAUUCAUGGCACAAAGCCAUCAUCUCAGAAUUCCCAAACGCUGAAAGAAAAGGCAUCUGUGGGGGUUUCCAGCUAAAAAUUAAAAAUGAGGAUGACGUAACAAUGAUAAAUGUUAACAUCUACAAAACAACAGGGAUAGUUGUAGUGAAAAGCACUCAAGGUCUUUUCGAACAAAACUUCCUCAGUAUCAAAGGAAGAUUACAACUGGAACCCGACAAUGAGCAACCCACCACAGAGGAACCAGACAGAACCCCAGUUUCUGAUGAUCAGCAAGAACAUACAGAUCCUCCUAACGCAGAACAACCAAAGGACCUCCAUUCACAUUGCUACUGUACUGACAUGAGAGAGAGAUUUACAGCCCUGGAGGGGGAACUAGUACAGCUCAGAGAAAUUACUCUUUCUCUCCAAACCAUACAAAGCCCAGACCAAUCCGGCAACAAACCCACAGCCAAACAAAAAGAGGGAGACAACAUCAGGAAAGAACUGUCUUCACUUCAGGCCGAAGUGAAGCAGCUAGUGCAAGGAAGGGAGAGGCUCAAGGUUCAGCUGGCAUCACUGGAAACCCAGAUCACACAGCAGACAGAGAGUCAACGGACCCAGCUAACUGCUUUAAGAGAGGAGAUAAGAGAACUGAAACACGAAAAAGAUACCCACCUCACAGCCCUCAACUCCAAAAAUGGUCCAGAACAACAGGUCACCCUUCAAACGGUCCACAGCUCACAGACCUCAUUGUCACAACCCAGCCAAAACCCACCAUCUUCACCAAACCCUUUGCCCAGUACAGAUCAACGCAAUGAACCCGACAACACUCCAACACCCACCGAGGACUCACAGAAAACAGAUAUUGUCCUUCUGAUAGACUCAAAUGGGAAAUUCAUAGACGAAAAAAAGCUCUUCCCCAAACAAAGGGUGUCCAAACUCUGGUGCCCCAACACGCACAGUGCCCUCAGACUACUGAACAAGGACAACCUAGGAUCACCAAGCCACAUUAUAAUUCACACUGGCACAAACGACCUGAGAGCACAACAAGAAAGAGUGGCCACAGCACUCGAAAGGGUAAUCGAAAAAGCUACAACCACCUUCCCAAAUGCCAAAAUCACCAUCUCGACACUGCUACCACGGAAAGACUUCCACCCAGACACAAUUCAACAAAUAAACGCAAAUCUCUCUAGAACUUGUGCACUCAAACCUCAAGUGCACCUGGCACAUCAUCCCACCUUGGACCUUACAUGCCUCUAUGACCAUGUACACCUGUACAGAGCGUCUGUCCCCAUCUUUACAAAGAAAUUAAAAGAUGUUGCUCUAAACCGCAACACAAACAACCCCCCUAGAAGCAACGGAGCAAGGCAGUCCCUACCCAGACCAUGGAUGAACCACACCGCACCUUCUAAAAACAGCCAGAGACUGGGCCCCCCUCCUUGCCAAAACAACAGCCAACAGACCAGAGCACCACCCCUGCUGCCUACACCCCCCACCCGGCAUAUGCAACAGAACUCCAGCAGCCUAAGCUAUGCCCAGACAGUGAGCAGAAACUCCACACCGACAUCUGCACAAGCUCCAACAGCCGAGCUAAAAGACAUCCAUCAGAUGCUGAACCUAAUCUGCUCACACCUACUGUACUAAGACAAAAUCCGCACUAAACAAAUUAAUAACUUAUGGAUAACAAAUCAUUUACAAUAUCAUGUUGGAAUAUUCAAGGCCUGAGGUCAUCUGCUUUUGGACUGAAAAGCAAAAACAUAGACUUCAGCUCUGAAACAAAAAACUCAGACAUCCUCAUCCUACAGGAGACAUGGAGUAGAGGAGACGGACCCACUGGUCGCCCUACAAACUACAGAGAAUUCAUCAUUCCAUCCGUCAAACUGCCUGGUGUCACCCAGGGAAGAGACUCAGGCGGAAUGCUGAUAUGGUAUAAAUCUGAAUACGCUAACUCAACAAAAAUGAUUAAAACUGGCCAGUUUUACACAUGGAUAGAAAUCAACAAGACCAUCACUUCAACAGAUAAGAAUAUCUUCCUGUGUGCAACCUACAUCCCUCCAGCAGAGUCACCCUACUUCAAUGAGGACAGUUUCACGAUCCUGGAAGAGGAGAUCAACUACUUUCAGUCACAGGGCAAUGUUCUGAUCUGCGGUGACCUAAAUGCCAGGACAGGCGAAGAGUCAGACUCAGUUCACUCCAAGGGAGACAAACACAUUCCAGGAGGAGAUGUCCUUUCCAUACCUACACAUACACAAAGACUGAACUACGAUAAAACAACAAACAAAAAUGGAUUAAGACUUCUCCAUCUUUGUCGCACACUGGGUCUGUACAUGGUCAAUGGACGACUACGAGGAGAUUCAUACGGUAGGUACACCUAUAGUUCUAAGCUGGGUAACAGUACGGUAGACUAUUUCAUCACGGAUCUGAAUCCUAACUCCCUCAGAGCGUUCACAGUCAGCCCACCAUCACCAUUGUCAGAUCACAGUAAAAUCACUCUCUACCUCAAUAGAUCCAAACCUAACACAGAGGCAUCAAAACAAACUCACCUCCAUACCCUAAAACAAACUUUCAGGUGGAAACAAAAUUGCGAAGAUACAUACAAAAGCAUAACUCGUGAACCAAAAAUUCAAAUCCUACUGAAUAAAUUCCUCGAUACCCCAUUUCCACACAAUUAUGAAGGUGUAAAUUUAGCAGUAGACAGGAUUAACCAAAUUUUUACAAUAUCUGCAACGCUAUCUGACCUAAAACCCACUAACACAAAACCAAACAAAAAGCCGGUAAAUGAGAAAUGGUUUGAUAAGGAGUGUAAAAACCUUAGAAAAGAAGUAAGAAUUCUAUCAAAUCAGAAACACAGAGAUGCUGACAAUGUAAACACACGCCAACUCUACCAUGAAAAAGUUAAACAAUAUAAGGAAACACUAAGGAAGAAAAAGAAACAAGAUACACAAAACCAGAUAAAAGCAAUUGAACAAUCUCUAGAAACAAAUCGCUUCUGGGAACAUUGGAACACACUUAACAAACCCCACCAUGAAGAUCUUCCCAUUCAGAACGGAGACGUAUGGAUAAAGCACUUCUCAAACCUCUUUAGUAAAAUAAACAAGAACCAUGAACAAACUAACCUACACAACAAACUAUGCACUCUGGAGUCAACAAUUAAAGAUUACCAAAACCCUUUAGACUAUCCAAUUACACUCGCUGAGCUAGAACAAAAUAUACCAAAACUUAAAUCCCAAAAAGCAAGUGGUAUCGACGGUAUCCUAAACGAGAUGAUUAAACACGCAGACCAAAAACUUACACUCGCCAUCCUCAAACUGUUUAAUAUCAUCUUUAGUACAGGUAUAUUUCCCACAAUCUGGAACCAAGGUCUCAUAACUCCAAUCCAUAAAAGUGGAGACAAAUUCGACCCUAAUAAUUACCGCGGAAUAUGUGUAAACAGUAAUCUAGGUAAACUCCUCUGUAACAUUCUUAACAGCAGACUUCUCCAAUAUCUAAACAACCAAAACAUCCUGAGAAAAUGCCAAAUUGGUUUCCAACCCAAAUACCGCACAUCCGAUCAUAUAUACACUCUUCGUACCUUAAUUGACAAAGAAACAAACCAAAAUAAAAGAAAGCUCUACUCAUGCUUUGUUGACUUCAAAAAAGCUUUUGACUCAAUCUGGCAUGAGGGACUUUUUCUUCAGUUGAUUCAAUGCGGCAUCGGAGGAAAAACCUACGACAUCAUCAAAUCAAUGUACACCAAUAACACAUUUGCAGUUAAAAUUGGCAACAAGCACACAGACUUUCUCUCCCAGAGUCGUGGAGUGAGACAGGGCUGUAGUCUAAGUCCUACACUAUUUAACAUUUACAUGAAUGAAUUAGCUGGAGCUCUAGAACAGUCACCAGCACCCGGCCCGACCUUACAAGACACCGAAGUGAAAUGUCUCCUGUUUGCAGACGAUCUGGUGCUGCUGUCACCCACAAAAGAAGGUCUACAGCAACAUCUGGACACCCUGCACACUUUCUGCCAAACAUGGGCCCUAUCGGUUAACCUUAAGAAGACUCGAGUCAUGAUAUUCCAAAAAAAGCCCAGUAGCCAAAAUCAACAUCAGCGUUUCAAACUAAACAACGUGCCCCUAGAACACACCAAGAACUACACAUAUCUUGGUAUAAACAUUAGUAACACCGGAAACUUAAACA